AACAAGAUGGAAUUCGAUAACGAAAGAAGAGGCAGUAGAAACCGAGCCUUAGAAAGAUCAUUAAGCUAUUCAGCGGCUAUCGGCAACGGAUCCGGGAGAUCCUCUAUUGAAAUACCAGCGAUGGUGAACACAGAAGUCUACACAAACGAGGAAAUAAAGAAACAAUAUAGGAUAUCACAAACAUACGUCGAAGGGAAGGAAAUCACAUUUCCCAAUGUCGUAACCAAUAUUGAUUCAAAUCCAAAACAAACAGUAGACAGUAAAAUAUCUGAUAUAUCACAAUAUUCAAGUGAAGAUGAACAAACUGACAAUGGUUUAACAAUGACUAUUGAUGUAGAAACAGAUUCGAGCCCUAAAUCAGAUACAAGACACAUAUCGGAUGCAUCGACACAACCAAUGGUCAGUUCUAUAGUGACAAAUGAAACAUACGAUAGAAUCGAUUUUAUUGAAAGCAUAUAUAACGACCCGGAUGAUUUAGUAGGUCACGGAUAUUCUACGCCGUAUAGUAAACGUAGAAAGAAAGGGAAGAAACGAAGACGUCAACACGGUCGUCCGAUCAGGUCACGACGCGUGGUUCACAAGAGCGGAGAAGAGAAUGUUCCAGUACGCACAAAUAUACCAGCAAAGUCUAUCAAAUACAUGCGUGACAUCGUCAAUACCGUGAUCAACAGCAAAUGGCGUUUCAUAAUAUUACUAAUGAUAGUAGCGCAUUUCAUCUUCUGGUUUAUUUUUGCUGGUAUCUGGUACGCGGUCGCGUCCUCGUACCAGGAUGAUAUAGGAGACGGCAAGGAGCACUGUGUCACUGGUACAUCGUCCUUCGCUGGUCUGCUUAUGAUGUCUGUUGAAACUCAGAUGACAAUCGGCUACGGAGUACGAUAUCCCAGCGAAGAAUGUCCUGAAGCCAUCAUCGUUAUGGUUAUAGAGAUAGUUGCUGGCACGGCAUUAUCUGGAGGACUGUCCAGUUUGCUGUUUACAAAGCUUGUGCGACCAAACCGACAUCUCUCCUCCGUAGGAUUUAGUAAGAAGGCAACAGUUUGCCUACGCGAUGGAGAGCUGUGUCUCCAGUUCCGAGUGUGGGAUUUACUGAACCUGCAUCUUAUUGGCUCCACUAUCACUGCUUACAUGCUCAAACCUAUACGGACAUUAGAAGGUGAGAUAGUACAUAACUACAUCCACCCGCUGCGUCUAAAGCAGGCGCGUGCAUUACUUCUGUGGCCUGUGACGGUCGCCCACGUCAUAGACUGCCACAGUCCGCUGUACGACCUCUCCGCACAAGAUAUGAUGGAUUACAGGUUCGAGAUAGUGGUGUGUCUGACAGGUUCCUCAAAAAACAUGGGCACAGUCACUCAAAGCCGGACAUCUUACCUCUCUAAGGAGAUCAUUUGGGGAUAUCGCUUUAAAAACGUGCUCAAGUAUUCUAAGAAAGAAGAGUCUUACGUGAUUGACGUUGAUAAUUUGAACACUGUGGAACAAGUUGAAACUCCACUCUGCAGUGCAAGUAGAUUGAAAUUAUUUGAAGACGACAUUAAGUCAUCUAACAACCUUCUCACUCCCACAAACAUGUCUCUUUCCCCCACAAAUAUGUCGUUAAGUCAGGAAUCUUCGACAAUAUCUAAAGUAGGGGAAUCCGUUCCUUCAUCCCCCAUUUUUACGAGAACAGGAACACAAAGAAGUUUCGGUUGGAAUUUCAGAAGAUUCUAUCCAGAAGAGAAUAAGAAUGUUGUUAGUUCUUAAUUUGUUAUACCUAAGUUAAGUUGUUAUAAUUAAAAAAUAAUUUGAU